GCGGGCGGCGGGCGGCGGCCUCGGCAGGCCCGGCAGGUGCCCCGCGGGGACGCCCAGCUCAGCCCAGCCCCGCUCGGCCGGCCCUGCCCUGAGGCCGGCGCGCCCGCCGCCGCAUCCAUGUUCGACACCACCCCCCACUCCGGCCGGAGCACUCCAAGCAGCUCCCCGUCUCUCCGGAAGCGGCUGCAGCUCUUGCCCUCAAGCCGGCCCCCGCCUGAGCCUGAACCGGGCACCAUGGUGGAGAAGGGGUCAGACAGCUCCUCAGAGAAGGGUGGGGGGCCCGGGACACCCAGCACCCAGAGCCUGGGCAGCCGGAACUUCAUCCGCAAUAGCAAGAAGAUGCAGAGCUGGUACAGCAUGCUGAGCCCCACGUACAAACAGCGGAAUGAGGACUUCCGGAAGCUGUUCAGCAAACUCCCAGAGGCCGAACGCCUCAUCGUGGAUUACUCCUGUGCCUUGCAGCGCGAGAUCCUCCUCCAGGGCCGCCUCUACCUCUCCGAGAACUGGAUCUGCUUCUACAGCAACAUCUUCCGCUGGGAAACCACAAUUUCCAUCCAACUGAAGGAAGUGACGUGCCUGAAGAAGGAGAAGACAGCCAAGCUGAUCCCCAAUGCCAUCCAGAUCUGCACUGAGAGCGAGAAGCAUUUCUUCACCUCCUUCGGGGCUCGGGACCGCUGCUUCCUCCUCAUCUUUCGCCUGUGGCAGAACGCGCUGCUUGAAAAGACGCUGAGUCCCCGCGAGCUCUGGCACUUGGUGCAUCAGUGCUACGGCUCAGAGCUGGGCCUCACCAGUGAGGAUGAGGACUAUGUCUGCCCCUUGCAGCUGAACGGUCUGGGGAGCCCCAAGGAAGUGGGAGAUGUGAUUGCCCUGAGUGACAUCACCCCCUCGGGGGCAGCCGACAACAGCCAGGAGCCGAGCCCCGUGGGUUCGCGCCGUGGCCGCCUCACCCCCAACCUUUCCCGGGCCAGCAGUGAUGCAGACCACGUGGCAGAGGAGGACAAGGAGGAGCAGACAGACAGCCAGCCAGACGCCUCCUCCAGCCAGACAGUGACCCCAGUGGCUGAACCCCCAAGCACAGAGCCUGCCCCGCCCAACGGGCCCGCCUCCCUGGGCCCCUUGGAUCUCCUGCCCAGUGAGGAAGUGUUGACAGACACCAGUAACUCCUCCUCGUCCACAGGGGAGGAAGCUGACCUGGCCGCCCUGCUUCCCGACCUCUCCGGCCGCCUCCUCAUCAACUCCGUCUUCCACGUGGGCGCCGAGCGGCUCCAGCAGAUGCUCUUCUCAGACUCGCCCUUCCUACAGGGCUUCCUGCAGCAGUGCAAGUUCACAGAUGUGACCUUGAGUCCCUGGACCGGGGACAACAAGUGCCACCAGCGCCGAGUGCUGACGUAUACCAUUCCCAUCAGCAACCCCCUGGGCCCCAAGAGCGCGUCGGUGGUGGAGACACAGACACUGUUCCGGCGUGGCCCCCAGGCGGGCGGCUGUGUGGUGGACUCGGAGGUGCUGACACAGGGCAUCCCGUACCAGGACUACUUCUACACUGCCCACCGCUACUGCAUCCUGGGCCUUGCCCGGAACAAGGCCCGGCUCCGAGUGUCCUCCGAGAUCCGCUACCGGAAGCAGCCCUGGAGCCUCGUGAAGUCACUCAUUGAGAAGAACUCUUGGAGCGGCAUUGAGGAUUACUUCCACCACCUGGAGCGAGAGCUUGCCAAAGCCGAGAAGCUGUCCCUGGAGGAAGGCGGGAAGGAUGCCCGAGGAUUGCUGUCAGGCCUGAGGAGGCGCAAGCGGCCCCUGAGCUGGAGGGGUCACGGCGAUGGGCCCCAGCACCCGGACCCCGACCCCUGUGCCCGGGCUGGCAUGCACACCUCGGGUUCCCUCAGCUCGCGCUUCUCGGAACCAUCCGUGGACCAGGGCCCCGGGGCGGGCAUCCCCAGCGCCCUGGUUCUCAUCAGCAUUGUCCUCAUCGUCCUCAUCGCCCUCAAUGUCCUGCUCUUUUACCGCCUCUGGUCCCUGGAGAGGACAGCCCACACCUUCGAGUCCUGGCACAGUCUGGCCCUGGCCAAGGGCAAGUUCCCCCAGACGGCCACGGAGUGGGCGGAGAUCCUAGCCCUGCAGAAGCAGUUCCACAGCGUCGAGGUGCACAAGUGGAGGCAGAUCCUGCGGGCUUCCGUGGAGCUCCUAGACGAGAUGAAGUUCUCGCUGGAGAAGCUGCAUCAAGGCAUCACUGUCUCAGACCCCCCCUUCGACUCCCAGCCACGGCCCGAUGACAGCUUCUCCUGAGGACAGACCCCCAGCCCUGCGGCCAACCCCCCCCAAUGGACAGAUGGACACAGAGCCUCGGCGGCCACUGCUGGCACGGUGUGAGCGCCGGGAGCCUCCCGCCCACCCCUCCCAGAGGCCCAGCCAGGGGCCACGCAGACAUGGGGACCACAGAACCGAGAUGCACUUUAGACCAGCGUGUGCGAGUCCAGCUGCCAUCGCCUGCCCAGCCAGGGAGCUGGCCCGGCCUACGGCAGGCCCCUUCCGCUAACUUAUUUUGCCCAGCUGGGGUUGUGGGGGGUGCCUCUGGGGUGCACGAUUCCCUCAGCUCUGGGUUUAAUGUAUUAUAUUUAUUUGGGGUGACAGAGAGCCCCAAUAAAGGGUUGGAAAUGGC